AUGUCUGACGCACAGUCCUACGCCCAACCUUUCGACUCAUACAACAAUGACUUCGUCAAGCAGAGCUUCGACUUUUUGUCGUUUCACUCGCCCUCAGACGUCCUCGCUCCCCACCCGGAUUUAUUCGAGUCCGAUAUCGACUCAAACUUGGCCGCAUUCCCAGAUCAGCUCCAGCUCCUCACUGUAGACUCCAACGACGCCUACAGCUUCUUCAGGACCGAGAAACCUCAGUGGCCAGGUCCUCCAUCUACUAUCACUGUCUCCUCCGAGUCCUACGACUCCCGCUCAUCCUACUCCGACUCGUUCUACAACGAGCAGGUGGCUACCUACGCGCCUACUCCCAUCAGCGCCAGCGUUUUCGAAUUCGACCUCGACAUGGACUUCCAGCAGAGAGUCCGUGUUGGCUCCGAGUACUCCGCCGUGCAGCCCAGCAUGAACUUGAUCGACGACACCCAGGACCCUACCUCCUUUGGCCCGCUCCCACCUACACCGCCUCGCAGCCCGGGCUUGAACACCAAAGUCUUCGAAAAGCCCUAUGGCGCCCGCUCCAGCUUUUCAGACUAUUGCCCUCCUUCCAGGCGCAGCUCAACCACCUCUUCGGACUAUUAUUCCCACUUGGGGUACAGCCCUUCGCACAGCCACGUUUCGCCGCUGCAUAUCUCGACCCAACUUCCCACCGUCGCGUCCGUUGCGCCUCAGUCCGUCGAGGAGAUCAAGGGUGACCCCCGCAAGAAAUAUAAGUGCACUGCUUGCCCGCGUGCUUUUGCUAGGGCAUACAACCUGAAGACUCACAUGGCCACACAUGACCCCAACAGGCUCAAGCCCCACGUCUGCCCUCAGAAGUCCUGUGGCCGCUCAUUCAGCCGGAAGCACGACCUGGGUCGUCAUCUCAUCAGCAUCCACCGCGACGAGCCUAUCGGCGCUGCCUUGCUCCCAGCUGCUAAGAAGGCCAUUGGUGUUGAAAGUGCCGCCCGCGGCUGGUGUGACCAUAAACGGUUCAACAUUCAUCGACUUCCUUCUAUUGUGCACUUGCUUGCCGCCCUCCGUCUCACGCUUCAGUGA